CUCAUCCUCGUGGGGCUGCCCUUCGACCUCUACCGCCUCUGGCGCUCCCGGCCAUGGAUCUUCGGGCAGCUGCUGUGCCGACUCUCCCACUACCUCAGUGAGGGCUGCACCUACUGCACGAUCCUCCACAUUACCGCCCUCACUGUGGAGCGCUACCUCGCCAUCUGCUUCCCCCUCAAGGCCAAGGUGGUUGUCACCAAGCGCCGGGUAAAGGCUGUCAUCGGCGUCCUCUGGGCCUUCGCCUUCCUCUCUGCCAGCCCCUUCUUCUUCAUGGUCGGCGUGGAGCAGCCCAACAACCACACCGACUUCAGCCGCGAGUGCAAGCCCACACCUCAAGCUGUGGAGUCUGGCCUGCUGGCCACCAUGUUCUGGGUCACCACCUCCUACUUCAUCCUGCCCGUUAUCUGCCUCAACGUCCUCUACGGCUUCAUCAUCCGGGAGCUAUGGCGGAGUAACAUCCACCUGCAAGGCCCCAGUGUGGUCCUCCGGGAGAAGGGGCACCACCAAACAGUCAAGAUCUUGGCUGUGGUGGUUCUGGCCUUUGUAAUUUGCUGGUUGCCUUUCCACAUUGGCAGGAUCAUAUUUGUAAACACCCGGGACACCAGGAUGAUGCUGUUCUCCCAGUACUUUAACGUAUUCGCUCUACAGCUUUUCUACCUGAGCGCAUCCAUCAACCCCAUCCUCUACAAUCUCAUCUCCAAGAAGUAUAGGGCAGCAGCCUGCAAGCUGCUCCUGCCACACCGAGCUGCAGGAAGGGCUUUCGCGGCGACGAAAAGCGCUGGUGGCUGCACGGAGACCAGCGCUAGCACAAGGCACGGGUACGCCACCAGCUUCUGA